AUGAAAAUGAAGUCCUUCUUCUCCAUCGUCCUUUUCAUCGCCGUAGCCAUUGCUCAGAGAGCUACAAUCGGACUACCCGUCGAGGAUCAGAGAAUUAAUUCUGGAAAGGAUGUCGUCGUCCAAGUACAGCGCCCUAACUCUCUAAGUCCGUCCAAGGAGAUGGGUGUAGCAAUCGGCCUCUCCUCAUGUAAAUCCUCGCCUUGCAGAGACGCAGACGAGGUUCUCGGAACAAUUUUAUACAACGGGCCUUUCAACCCUCAAUACUACGAGCCCAGCCUACCCCCAUAUGAGAACUUCACAGUCACCGUUCCAGCAUCAGCUACCAUUGGUAAAAGCCAGAUUAAUAUCGCCCAUGCGGCUCUGAUUGGUGCCGGUCCUUCUGCAUUUUUGGAAUCUCUCAAUCAGACUGUCUUUGUCGUCUAG